AUGCUUAUUGAUUUGUCAAACUGGAAAACGCCAUCCGAUAUGACGACAUUUUCUAAAAAGAAAACAACAAAACAAAAUGGGUAUCCGUCAAUAAUUGAAAGUCAGAUCGAUCAAGGAUAUAAUGGAGGCAAUAAUAAUCAAGAAUUAGACAGAUAUCAUUCAUUCACAAACGGUGAUUUGACAAAAUCAUCAUCAUUUCGAAAAUCACGGCCAAUUACGAAAAAAAGUCUUGCUGCUGAGCAUGGUCGACGGUUAAUUGAACAUUUAACGCGUUUUGCGCUUGAUACUAGACAAAAACUUACACGAAGUCAAAGUGCGACGGAUGCCACACGAAUAUUAAGAAAUAAUAACACUCGUAAUAUUUGUACAUUAGUCAAAUAUGAUCCAUUAUAUGAACAGUCCAAUGAAAAUUCACAUUAUUCAACGAGAAAACAGUAUAAUACGUCAGCUGAAGCUAAUGGUGAUUCAAAUGAUACAAAUCCAGUAUACAUUAGAUCAUCUUCGGAACCAAGAGAUUUCACCUAUAGCAAAUCACUGCAAAGACAUUCACAACGUUCGUUGUUGUUGCUCUCCCGUUCCGCAUCUCUACACGAUCUGACUCGGGAUACCGUUUUUCGAGCAAAUGAUUUAGUAUUUGGACCAAUUAUUGGUCAAGGAUUUUAUGGCAUAGCACGAACUGUUACUAUACGAAAGACUGGUCAGAUUAUGGUGAUGAAAGAAACGAAAACUGUAGAUAAAGAUGCACAAAAGAUAUUUGUUAAAGAAGUACAGGUUUUGAAACGGCUUAUUCAUUCAAAUGUGUUAAAAUUCAUGGGACUUUUACUGGAUAAAGAUAAUCAAAUGAGUUUUCUUGUUGAAUACAUAGCCGGUGGCACACUAAAAAAUAUCAUACACGAUCUAUCAAUAGAUCUGACUUGGAUACAACGUUUACGAUUUGCUAAAGAUAUUGCCGCCGGAAUGGAAUAUCUUCAUUCAAUGAAUAUCAUUCAUCGUGAUCUUAAUUCAAGCAAUUGUCUGGUCAAACCUAAUGGUCAAGUUGUUGUCGCAGAUUUUGGAUUAAGUAGAAUAAAUCUAGACGAUGAAGAAGACGAGCAACAACGUGAAAUAAAUAUUAAAAAUCAAAGGAGCACUAGUGCAACAAUUUUAACAAAUGGAAAUGUUGUUGUAAGACCAAAAACACGUCGUCAAUUACUUCGCGAUCGUCAACGUUAUACUGUUGUAGGAUCACCGUAUUGGAUGGCACCAGAAAUGUUGAAAGGACAAUGUUAUGAUGAACGUGUUGAUAUAUUUUCAUUUGGUAUCAUGUUAUGUGAGAUCAUUGGCCGUGUCCAGGCAGAUCCUGAUUAUUUACCACGUACACAAGAUUUUGGUUUAAAUGUUCAUUUAUUCAGUCAAAAAUAUUGUAAUAAGGAUUGUCCAAAACAAUUCAUUGCUAUUGCAAUCGCAUGUUGCGACAUCAAUCCUAAUUCAAGGCCAGCAUUUUGUGUUGCUCAUCCUUGGCUUGAAGCAUUAGCACUUAGUGUCGAAACUGGAGUAUCUUUGUCAACGAAUAUUAGUAAUGCUAAUUCAAAUAGUAUUGAACAAAAUCGAAAGAAAAAUACAAAUUCUUCACUUUUAAUGACAAAUUCAGCAUUUGAUGCUGUUUCGUCAAGAUGA